GUAUAUACAGAAAUUAAUAUUAAAAUUGCGCAAAAGCAAAUCCGUAUCAUUUAUUAGAAUGCUCAAGGUUACGCGUAGCCUUUGGCCAAUCAAAUCCGACAAAUGGAUUAUCUAUUGCGUCUUAUAAACGUAAUCAAUCCUUUGGCAAUUUAAAAUUGAGGUUACUUAUUCCCAAGAAAAUCGUUUAUUUUUGUAUAUUGUCUCAGCUGACCCUACUGUGCGUCAAUCAAGUCCAUAACGUGUGGCCCAAUUAAGUGAUCUUACUUAACAAGCAUGGGUUAGCACCCGAAUGUCAUCACAUCAAUGCAGGUGGCGGCCCGGACAAUUCCAUUCCGAUCCUAUCAGCGCUUCGCACAGAUAAUUAAAUGUUUUUUGUGCAAUUCAUUCGAGAUUGACGUUUUCCUCGAACGGAUUUUGCGAUGGGGAGGAAACAGAUAAAUAAGAUGCACGAAACGUUCCAGUUUAGGAAGGAGUUUGGAGCGCUUGAAAUUGCGUCCUGGUAAUGGUGCCAUAAACGAAGAGCGGUCGGCUAAUUAAUGCAUGAUCAUAAGUGUCCUGCACGAUGUGCCGUAUAUUAGCUACGUGGUCUGACCAUAAGCAUGGACGGUUUAUGGAAAACCAUGCAAUAUUUCGUUUGGCGCGUUUAUGGGCGACAGCCCGCCCAUAACCGGACCAUCGAAAAAGCUUACGUAACGGUCGGAGACGCGCGACCUGCAUCGGUUUCGAGCAGGUUCGAUUUCAUUACAACAAACUAUUGCUGGCGACUUUCGGUUUCGUUUUUAAAGAACGGUAUUUGAAUAGAUAAACGCCUUUGGUAUAAGCCUACCACCGUCCUCCUGCGAGGAGAGGUGGUCAAGUCACUUUCACCGAUAACAUAACAGAACUAAGACACCAAAGCGCCGCACUCAGUAUUUUCACCUUGCUGUCGGCACACACGGCCAAAAAAAAACAACAACAACUUUUUUCUUUAAAUUUGUAUAAAUUAUACAGAUUAUAUAAUCUUCUUGCUAUUAUGGAUUUACGGGCUGUGAUCUUGGCCCUCGUGGCUUCGGUGUUCAUCGUCCUGCAGGAAGCGCCUAUGACGAAGGCGCAGCAGCAGCCAGCUUUUGAACUUCCUGUGGAACUCGUCGGUUUUCCUGUUAUCAUCGUUGCUGUUAGGUUGUCAAAUUUCGUGAAGAAAUUGGCUUACUCUCUGAAUCCAAAGACCUACGUGGGCCGGUCACGCAGAGCCGUGGAUAGUGCAGAUAUGAUAGAUAUGGCAGAGGCUGAAAAGCGAUUAGUGACAGAACUGGGAGAAAACGUGUGCAUUUAUAGCCGGGUCUGUUUACAUCAUGCCGAGAAAGCUAGCAAAUCUCUCGGGAGGAGCAGAUACAGCCUUGAUUGGGACGACAUAUUCAGCCAUUACAAGUCAUCGAACGAGAAGAAUAAGGAGUUCUACCUCCUCAGCGUCUUCCUAGGCGACAUCGUGGCCUCGCCUAAAUUCUGCCGGCAAUUAGCGAAGAGAGGACGCCAGUGCAAGGAUUAACCUGCAGCAAUCUUUAGUAUUAACAUCCUACGACUGCCUACCCAGGCUCUUGUCAUGUACAUAAGCUUACUAUAUUAUUUAGUUUUCAUUAUAAUUUCUUCUUCUUUUAGUUCUCC